GCGGAACUGGGGAAAGGGAGGUGGGGAAACUGUGUCUUCUCCCUGUCCCCCGUCCUCGACACGCAGUAGCUUUGUAGCGAAUUUCCUGCCGGACCGCGGGCUCCGUAGCAGGGGUGGCCUUGCUGGGCUUGCUCUGCCUGGUCGCCCUGCAGUUGUGGCGGCCUCUCGGGAUUGCGCGAGCGCGAUGGAAUAGCUGGGAAGAUGUAUGCGGCUUCUACUGUGGGUGAAUGGGAUAAUCCUGUUAAACAUAUAGAAGCUGGAGCAUAGCAGCAGAUAUGGAUGAGCAAGCUCUUUUGGGAUUAAACCCAAAUGCUGACUUGGACUUCAGGCAACGAGCGUUGGCCUAUUUUGAACAGCUGAAGAUAUCUCCAGAUGCUUGGCAGGUGUGCGCUGAAGCUUUAGCCCAAAGAAUCUACAGCGAUGAUCACAUCAAGUUCUUCUGCUUUCAAGUACUGGAACAUCAAAUUAAAUACAAAUAUUCUCAGUUAACAGAAGUACAACACCAGCUAAUCAGAGAAACACUCAUAACAUGGCUACAAGCACAGAUGGUGAAUUCUCAAUCGGAGAAGACGUUUAUACGAAACAAAGCAGCUCAAGUCUUCGCUUUGCUGUUUGUUACUGAAUAUCUCACAAAAUGGCCCAAGUUUUUCUUUGAUAUUCUAUCUGUGGUAGGCCUCAAUCCUCGAGGUGUGGACUUGUAUCUCAGGAUCCUUAUGGCAGUUGAUGCUGAACUGGUAGAUAGGGAUGUUGUUCAUACAUCAGAGGAGGCUCGAAGAAAUACCUUGUUAAAAGAUACUAUGAGAGAGCAAUGCAUUCCAAGUUUGGUGGAAUCGUGGUACCAAAUCUUACAAACUUAUCAAUAUACAAAUUCAGAGCUGACAUGUCAGUGCCUUGAAGUAGUUGGAGCGUAUGUCUCUUGGAUAGAAUUGAGCCUCAUUGCCAAUGAAAGGUUUAUAAACAUGCUGCUAGGUCACAUGUCUGUAGAAGUUCUACGGGAGGAAGCAUGUGACUGUUUGUUUGAAAUAGUAAAUAAAGGAAUGGAUCCAAACGAUAAAACAAAGCUGGUAGAAACGUUGUGUCAAGUGUUACAGUCUGCUGGCCUCUUCAGUGUUGACCAGGAAGAAGAUGUGGACUUCCUAGCCAGGUUCUCUAAACUGGUGAAUGGAAUGGGACAGUCAUUAAUAGCUAGUUGGACUAAACUUGUUAAGAUGGGCGAUAUGAAGAAUGCUCAAGAUACUUUACAAGCUAUUGAAGCAAAAGUGCCCCUAAUGUUGCAACUUCUGAUUCAUGAAGAUGACGAUAUAUCUACUAAUAUUAUUGGAUUUUGUUAUGACUAUCUUCAUAUACUGAAACAGCUUCCUGUGCUUUCAGAACAGCAAAAAGCUAAUGUUGAGGCAAUUAUGUUGGCAGUUAUGAAGAAAUUAACAUAUGAUGAAGAAUACAACUUUGAAAAUGAGGGCGAAGAUGAAGCAAUGUUUGUAGAAUAUCGAAAACAGUUAAAACUGUUGCUGGAUAGACUUGCGCAGGUCUCACCUGAAUUACUGUUGGUCUCUGUACGCAGAAUUUUUAACACUACAUUGCAGAAUUGGCAGACCAAGCCAUUUAUGGAAGUGGAAGUAGCAAUACGCCUGUUGUAUAUGUUGGCUGAGGCUCUUCCAGUAUCUCAUGGGGCUCACUUCUCAGGUGAUACAAAAACUAGUGUUCUUCAGGAAAUGAUUCGGACUUUGGUUACAUCAGGUAUUAGUACCUAUCAGCACACAUCAGUAACUCUGGAAUUCUUUGAAACCGUGGUCAGAUAUGAAAAAUUUUUCACCCUUGAACCUCAGCACAUUCCAACUGUAUUAAUGGCUUUCUUGGAUCACAGAGGUCUUCGUCAUACUAAUCCAAAAGUACGAAGCAGAAUUGCUUACCUUUUCUCCAGAUUUGUCAAAUCUCUCAAUAAACAGAUGAAUCCCUUUAUUGAAGAUGUGCUGAAUAGAAUGCAAGAUCUGCUAGAACUUUCUCCACCUGAAAAUGGCUAUCAGGCUUUAUUAAGCAGUGAUGACCAAUUGUUCAUUUAUGAGGCUGCUGGCGUACUGAUAGUGAACAGUGACUACUCUGCAGAACGGAAGCAGGCUCUAAUGAGAAAUCUUUUGACUCCUCUAAUGGAGAAAUUUAAAGAGCUGCUAGAAAAACUUGUGAUGGCACAAGAUGAGGAGAGACAGAUGGCAUUAGCUGAUUGUCUGAAUCAUGCUGUUGGCUUUGCAAGCCGUACUAGCAAAGCUUUCAGCAACAAGCAGACGGUGAAACAAUGUGGCUGCUCUGAAGUUUAUCUGGACUGUUUACAAACAUUCCUACCAGCUCUCAGCUGCCCCUUGCAGAAGGAAGUUCUUAGAAGUGGUGUCCGCACCUUUCUUCACCGAAUGAUUAUUUGCUUAGAGGAAGAAGUUCUCCCAUUCAUCCCUUCAGCCUCUGAACAUAUGCUUAAAGACUGUGAAGCAAAAGACCUUCAAGAAUUCAUUCCCCUCAUAAACCAAAUCACAGCUAAGUUCAAGACCCAAGUCUCCCCAUUUCUGCAACAAAUGUUUAUGCCAUUGCUGCGUGCAAUUUUUGAAGUCCUGCAUCGCCCAGCUGAAGAAAAUGAUCAAUCUGCUGCUUUAGAAAAACAGAUGUUACGAAGGAGUUACUUUGCCUUUCUCCAGACGGUUACUGGCAGUGGAAUGAGUGAAGUCAUAGCCAAUCAGGGAGCAGAGAAUGUAGAGCAUGUUUUGUUCACAAUCAUCCAAGGAGCGGUUGACUAUCCUGAUCCUAUUGCUCAGAAAACCUGCUUUAUUAUUCUGUCAAAGUUGGUGGAACUCUGGGGAGGCAAGGAUGGACCUGUGGGUUUUGCUGACUUUGUCUAUAAACACAUUGUUCCUGCAUGCUUUUUAGCACCUUCGAAGCAAACCUUUGACUUGGCAGAUGCACAGACUGUAUUGGCUUUAUCUGAAUGUGCGGUGACAUUAAAAACAAUUCAUCUCAAAAGGGGCCUUGAAUGUAUUCAUUAUCUUCAACAAGAAUACCUGCCUUCGCUGCAGGUAGCUCCUGAAAUAAUCCAGGAGUUCUGUCAAGCGCUUCAGCAGCCUGAUGCUAAAGUUUUUAAAAACUAUUUAAAGGUAUUCUUUCAAAGAGCAAAACCUUAAGAUGUCUACUGGAAUCUUUGCCUGUUUUCCUUAAUCAGGAACACCAGAUAUUAAUUUAUAUGAAUGCUAAAUUUUGUGCCAUUCGUACUUAAUUUCUCCCCUUUGGAAAGAUGUUGCUCUAUGCUUAAAUUGGUAUGUAUAUUAGCCUUUUUUCUGUAAAAAUGAAAAUGAAAUGCCCCACAGUGUGUUGGUUGAUACACAAAGGCAGGUAGACAACACAGGUUGUCUGUGUUGCCUACACGGAACACUCUGUAUAGGAUAAUUGUAUGCUGUAAUUAGUACAGUAAAAAUCCACUUCAUUUUGAAAUUAAACAAUGUAUAAAUUCCCUCCAAACAAAAAGCAAUGGUUAUAAAUUGUGUACAUUUUUAAAUACUGAGUAAAAUAUGUGCAUAUUAGUAAUAAAAAUCAUUUGUUCAUGAAUGGUGAUAUAAAAUAAAACAAUUAAAACCCCA